GCAGCAGCAGAAGCGCAGGGGUGAGGGGGUGGGGGGUUGAAAGCGCCGUCCAACACGUGAGGCUCAUGUGAUGGACUUCACAGUUGCACACAUUGACGUGCCUGUAGUCACAGGACUUGUUCUACACGUAGGCAUCGAGCCACCCGCCCUUUCCCUGCGCACACUCAGUCGGAAUCCAGCCUUGGCUGUUCAUAACAGCGGUCCACUCCUCACAUCUCACAGGGUGACCAACACGCGCCGCGUCUACAACUCCAAACACUCAGAAACAGAGAAGAAUGCGCCUUGCUUAGAAAAAAAUACACCAGAACAUACGGAAAUAUUUUGGUUUUAUUUCCCUCGCUCUGGAUCGUUUUUCUUCUAUUUUUAUUUAUUUUUUAUUUUUAACUUUCUGAGCAACAUGGAGGGGAUUACGAGGGCGCAACCGCCACCAUGCGCACCCAAACUUCCAUCGUUGGAUAUAGCUGACAUGCAGGGGAUGGAUUUUCCAAUGUACGUGUAUAAAUCAAGACGGGGUAUGAAGCGCGGGGAUGAGAGCAGGGAAACCUACAAACUGCCACAUCGACUAAUCGAAAAGAAAAGAAGAGACAGAAUCAACGAAUGUAUUGCCCAGCUCAAAGAUUUGCUGCCAGAGCACCUCAAACUUACAACGCUGGGUCAUUUGGAGAAAGCGGUGGUGCUGGAGCUCACUCUGAAGCACGUGAACGCUUUGAACAGUCUCCUAGAGCAGCAGCAGCAGAAGAUCAUGGAACUGCAGAAAGACCUACAAAUGAGUGACCAUGGAGGUGACACCACAGAAGUCAGUGAACAGAUGUUCCGUUCUGGUUUCCACCUGUGUGCGAAAGAGGUCCUCCACUAUCUGGCUCGCCGGGACAGCAGUCAGGAUCUGAUGCCGUCCCAUGUCAUCAGCCACAUCCACAAGGUUGCUUCCGAGGUUCUACAACAUCAAAGCGACACGCUCGUCGGUGAGUCCGUCCAUCAGAAUUCAGAGAAACCGAAGAAAAGCUCAGAACAGCCUUCCAGAGCUGCCGACGGUCCGUCCAAGAACUGUGUCCCCGUCAUUCAAAGGACUUACCCUGGCGGCUUAGGAGAGCAGAGUGGCAGUGACACAGACACUGACAGCGGCUACGGGGGCGAACACGACAAACGUGACCCCAAAGCCCGGUGGUCGGACAGCCACAGAAAGGAGGAAGAUCUUAAGCACAGUGACGAUGUCAAGCACGAGGAGGGCGAGCCUUGCGCUAAGAAGUCGCGGUCUGACUCCUCCGGGGACGAAAGCCUCCCUGGUCCUAUUGGCAGUUACGUACCAUUCUCCCCAAACCAGCACCAGCUCUGCCUCCCCUUCUAUCUCAUUCCACCCGCAGCCGCCGCAGCGGCGUACCUGCCAAUGCUGGACAAGUGUUGGUACACAGGCGGCAUGCCAGUAAUGUACCCUGGAAUGAGCACCUCUACGUCCAGUUUACCCCCAAAAACCCUCUCCCCACCUCUUAUGUCCCAGAGGGUAGUGUCUCCAGUUCCACGUCAGAGUCCCAUGGACCCACCUGUACUUCACAAAGUUUCAAAACAGGACUCCCCGUUAAGCUUGGAAACCAAAGAGUAACAAUUUUGCUUUGGGGCUAAAGGAAACAAAAAUGGCUGGUGAACUCUUAAAUUGUCCUCUUCUCCUCCAAGUGGCUUUCCAAGGGUCAUGGCCACUGGUAGCAUGUCUCUGAAAACACUGUGAACAUUUAGGAAUAACUGUGGAAGAGUAAUACAGACUCUCUGUACACUGUGCUGAAUGUCAGAGGUUAAUCCAGAAUGUACAGUGCAAAGGCCCCCUCUUCAAAAAAUGAGGUUUUUAUAGUAUGUGUUUACACCUAUUUGCACACACACCAGUCUAAUGAAUGUAAGGCAUAAACAAAAGCCCCAUGUACUAUAGAUGCUGCUUGGACUCAUAUGAACUGCUGUAGAUCCAAAAACGACAGAUCUACUGUAUUGUUUUUGUCUCAGAACUGCAAAUAUUCAUGAUAUUUUUCAUUUCAUUUUAUUAUGAUUAUUUUUACAAAAUUAUUUUUCGUUUUGACCACAUGAUAUCACUCAUCCACCUCCGGCUAUCUUGGGAGAUAAACAAAUGAGUGUUUGUAAAGAAUUCAGGGCGUUGUCACUGUAAAAGGUGUGUCACUCGUGAUCUGAAGUGAGCAUAGUGAGCAUAAAUACUUUUAUGAUUUCCUCGUGACACAUGACUCAUGUGUGCAUCUAAAUCGAUCUCCUGUGAAGUUGUUUAUACUACUCAUUUUUAUUUUUGAUACGUGACCUAAUGAGUGGAUUUGUGUUGCUCCUCGAGAAGGGUUUAUUGUACAUAUACUGUUUUUUUUUUUCAACCCCAUUUGUGUUGUCCCCUCAAACUCCAGAUCGAGCCAAGUCUGAUCUCUGCUCGUGAUGUUGCCUUUGACUCAUUUUUUUGGAGACACACUGACGAUGUAUUUUGCUUUAAAUAUUGUGUCUGUAUCAAAAAGAGUGAAUGUAAAUUUCAAACAAAAAAGUAGUAAUAGUUUUAUAUAGAAAGAGGUACUUGGGAUUUUUAUUUAGAAUUGAAACACGAUUGUUGCUCAGAAUUUUGUAAAGUAUUAUUGAUACAGUAUAUAUUAAGGUAUUAAU